AUGACUAAUUGUAGUAGGAGUAAUGCAGCAAUAGCACCAAAACUAUUGAAACAAGUACAAGUUAAACUCAAAGAUAUAGCUCAACUCUAUCCAACCACAACAAACUGUUUGAUCAUUGACAAAAAUGGAGAGAUUAUAGUUGAAACAGUAGCAGCAACAACCAAUGUAACUCAAAAAGAAAAGGAUUUAUCAAAUACUAUACAUCAAUUGAAAACAUAUGCUUUGACAUUUGGUGCAACAUUGCAAUACCAAGACGAAGUUCAACAUAUUCAUAUUAGAGGAGAAAAUAAUAUGUUUUCUUUCUUUUUAGUUAGAGAUUCUAUACUAGCAUUUUUCACACAAAUGGACUUUGAAACUGGUAAAUCAUUUAAUUUCCAACAGGCAGAUGACAAGGUAAAGGGAAUAUGUGGAGAACUCUUACACCUUUUAAAUAAUACAAAGAUUUAA